AAUGUGUCCAUGCAGCGGUUUUCUGUAAAAACGCUUGAAAUGUUUUGUUCAACGGUUUUUUGUAAAAACGCUUAAACGCUUAAAAUAAUGGCUUGUGGUGCCGCUGGGGAUUCUUUGCAACAUAUAAUUGCCGCCUAUGGCGCGGUGGUAAAUAAAAUAAGCGUGGCAAGAUUUGGCGUCUUUGAGCCUUUUUUUAACGAUGCGGAAGACAUGAAAACGUUGGUAGAGGAAUUCCGCCGAGAGCUUCUGGAUGCGUUCACGAAAAAGAUCAGCAAACUGUGGAACGAGGCGGACAUUGAACGGAAUCUGGAGAUAUUGGAGUUGUUACGGCGCAACAAAAAUGCUACUGACUCCGUAGCCCAGUGGCGUCCUACCGGCAAAUUCGCCUCCGAGCAGAUUCGUCCACUAAUCGUAAACAAACUGAAUUGGUCGCUGAAGUUUUAUCAAUAUCAGCUUGCGUUCCAGCAGGAGCGAACAGAGGAGCUCAUUGUAGCAAUCGAGGGGAACCGCCAAAAGUAUAAAGCGAUCGUAGCCGAACGCGCUCACAAAAUGCAACAAAUGGCCAACGAACAGGAAGCAUACGGCAAGGAUCAGUCCAAGCUAAGAGCGCUGAAUACUGCACUUCGUAAAACAGUUGAAUAGAAGUAGCCUUUGGUUUAAAUUUGCAACAAGUUUAUUAUUAAAUAUAUUAAUGUUUUAAAAUUACACAAUUGUACUAGAAAUAGGUUCUUCCGUUAUGGUAAACA